GGGUGGGCUCUGCUUCCCGGCGGGGUCUUGCGGAGUUGGCGGAGUCUCCUUAGGGAACUGGGGGGCCGAACUGCGUAGAAGAGGGUGGCGGGGAGGAGAUCGCUAAGUGGGAAGCGGAACCCGGGGCCUGGGACCCGUCGCGGCAGAGCCAGGCUAGUGAACCGGAGCAAACGACUUCCGAUCCACUCCGCGCUGCAACGGCACCCUUUUGGGAUUUGAUUUGCAGCAUCUCUGAGCUGGUACCACCAAAAAAAAAAAAAAAAAAAAAAACCAACAAAAAAAAACCCAAAAAACCCCGCGAAGCACGCCUAGCCCUCCCCUGGCACCCCGAGACAAACCCACUCCCUCCCGGGGACACAGCUGGGCGCGUCCACACCCCCGCAUCCCAUACACCAUGUUGUGCGGAAGGACUUCCACUCCCCGCCUGUGUCGUUGAUGUCAGACCCCAGGCCAGCCUCAGGGCGCUGCAGUUCUCCUGGCUGAGGCUGCAGCUGUGGCUAGGGCUUUAGUACACAAGCCAGCCGCCGCCGCCGCCGCCGCCCCCCUCCCCGCCGGCCUCAGCGCCCACAGCCUGCAUGUGUGUGCGGUAGCCGGCUGCCCAUCCUGCCGCCCGUGUUACCCCGGAGCUCUGGAGACCACCGCGAGGGCUUUCUCUGCCCGUGGGAGAAGUGGCCUUGGAGGAAUUGAUUUCGGUGGUUGGAUUUUUCUCGUGGAUCUAUCAAGUCACAAUUCGAAUUUGGAAGAAAGAAGGAAAACAUGACGUCUCCAGCCAAAUUCAAAAAGGAUAAGGAGAUCAUCGCAGAGUACGAUACUCAGGUCAAAGAGAUCCGGGCUCAGCUCACAGAGCAGAUGAAAUGCUUAGACCAGCAGUGUGAACUCCGGGUGCAGCUGUUGCAGGACCUGCAAGACUUCUUCCGCAAGAAGGCUGAGAUUGAAAUGGACUACUCUCGAAACCUGGAGAAGCUAGCCGAGCGCUUUUUAGCAAAGACACGAAGUACCAAGGACCAACAAUUUAAGAAAGACCAGAAUGUCCUCUCUCCAGUAAACUGCUGGAACCUCCUCUUAAACCAGGUGAAGCGGGAGAGCAGGGAUCAUACCACCCUGAGUGACAUCUACUUGAAUAAUAUAAUUCCUCGAUUUGUUCAAGUCAGCGAGGACUCAGGAAGACUCUUUAAAAAGAGUAAAGAAGUUGGCCAGCAGCUCCAAGAUGAUUUGAUGAAGGUCCUGAACGAGCUUUAUUCGGUCAUGAAAACAUAUCACAUGUACAAUGCCGACAGUAUCAGUGCUCAGAGCAAACUAAAGGAAGCAGAGAAACAAGAAGAGAAGCAAAUUGGUAAAUCAGUGAAGCAAGAGGACCGGCAAACUCCACGCUCCCCUGAUUCCACUGCCAAUGUCCGCAUUGAGGAUAAACAUGUCCGAAGGAGCUCGGUGAAGAAGAUUGAGAAGAUGAAGGAGAAGCGACAAGCCAAGUACACAGAGAAUAAGCUGAAAGCCAUUAAAGCCCGGAAUGAGUACUUACUGGCUUUGGAGGCAACCAAUGCUUCUGUCUUCAAGUACUACAUCCAUGACCUGUCUGAUAUUAUUGAUCAGUGUUGUGACCUAGGCUACCAUGCUAGCCUGAACCGGGCCCUGCGCACUUUCUUGUCUGCUGAAUUAAAUCUGGAACAAUCGAAACAUGAGGGUCUGGAUGCUAUCGAAAAUGCAGUAGAAAACUUAGAUGCCACCAGUGACAAACAGCGACUCAUGGAGAUGUACAACAAUGUUUUCUGUCCCCCUAUGAAAUUUGAAUUCCAGCCCCACAUGGGAGAUAUGGCCUCUCAGCUCUGUGCCCAGCAGCCUGUCCAGAGUGAGCUGGUGCAGAGAUGCCAGCAACUGCAGUCUCGCUUAUCCACUUUGAAGAUUGAGAACGAAGAGGUGAAAAAAACAAUGGAGGCUACCCUGCAGACCAUUCAAGACAUCGUGACUGUUGAGGAUUUUGAUGUGUCUGACUGCUUCCAGUACAGCAAUUCUAUGGAGUCUGUCAAAUCAACGGUCUCAGAAACUUUCAUGAGCAAGCCCAGCAUUGCUAAAAGGAGAGCUAACCAGCAAGAGACGGAGCAGUUUUAUUUCACGAAAAUGAAGGAGUACUUGGAGGGUAGGAACCUGAUCACCAAGUUACAAGCCAAGCAUGACCUCCUGCAGAAAACCCUGGGAGAAAGUCAGCGGACAGAUUGUAGCCUUGCUAGGCGUAGCUCAACCGUGAGGAAACAGGAUUCCAGCCAGGCAAUUCCUCUGGUGGUAGAAAGCUGCAUUCGGUUUAUUAGCAGACAUGGCCUACAACAUGAGGGAAUUUUCCGGGUAUCUGGAUCACAAGUGGAAGUGAAUGACAUCAAAAAUGCCUUUGAGAGAGGAGAGGACCCUUUGGCUGGGGACCAGAAUGACCAUGACAUGGACUCCAUAGCUGGUGUCCUCAAGCUUUACUUCCGGGGGCUGGAACAACCGCUCUUUCCCAAGGACAUCUUCCAUGACUUGAUUGCCUGCGUCACAAUGGACAACCUGCAAGAGAGAGCUGUGCAUAUCCGCAAAGUCCUGGUCCUGCCCAAACCCACUCUGAUUAUCAUGAGAUACCUCUUUGCCUUCCUCAAUCACUUAUCACAGUUCAGUGACGAGAACAUGAUGGACCCCUACAACCUUGCCAUCUGCUUUGGGCCCUCACUGAUGUCAGUGCCAGAGGGCCACGACCAGGUGUCCUGUCAAGCACACGUGAAUGAACUGAUUAAAACCAUCAUCAUCCAACAUGAGAACAUCUUCCCAAGUCCCAGGGAGCUGGAGGGCCCCAUCUACAGCAGAGGAGGAAGCAUGGAGGAUUACUGUGACAGCACUCACGGAGAGACUACCUCUGCUGAAGACUGCGCCCAGGAUGUGACAGCAGAGCACCACACGAGUGAGGAUGAAUGUGAGCCCAUUGAGGCCAUUGCUAAGUUUGACUACGUAGGCCGGACAGCCCGGGAGCUAUCUUUCAAGAAGGGAGCAUCUCUGCUGCUUUACCAGCGAGCUUCUGAUGAUUGGUGGGAAGGCCGGCACAAUGGUAUAGACGGACUCAUCCCCCAUCAAUACAUCGUAGUCCAAGACACAGAGGAUGGUGUCGUGGAGAGGUCCAGCCCCAAGUCUGAGAUUGAGGUCAUGUCUGAGCCACCUGAAGAAAAGGUGACAGCCAGAACGGGGGCCAGCUGUCCCAGUGGGGGUCAUGUAGCUGAUAUUUAUCUUGCAAACAUCAACAAGCAAAGGAAGCGUCCAGAAUCUGGGAGCAUCAGAAAAGCUUUUCGGAGUGACAACCAUGGGCUGGGCAGUUCUCUGACUGACUCCUCCUCCCCGGGGGUGGGGGCUAGCUGCCGGCCAUCCUCUCAGCCCAUCAUGAGCCAGAAUCUCCCCAAGGAAGGGCCAGAUAAGUGUUCCGUCAGCGGCCAUGGGAACCUCAACUCAAUCAGCCGCCAUUCAUCCCUGAAGAACCGGCUGGACAGUCCACAGAUCCGGAAGACUGCCACUGCAGGAAGGUCAAAAAGCUUCAAUAACCAUCGACCCAUGGACCCCGAAGUCAUUGCACAGGAUAUUGAAGCAACAAUGAACUCUGCCCUGAAUGAGCUUCGAGAGCUAGAGCGGCAGAGCAGUGUUAAGCACACCCCUGAUGUGGUCCUGGACACCUUGGAACCCCUCAAGACCUCCCCAGUGGUAGCCCCCACAUCUGAGCCCUCAAGCCCCCUGCACACUCAGCUCCUCAAGGACCCUGAGCCUGCCUUCCAGCGCAGCGCCAGUACUGCUGGGGACAUUGCCUGCGCCUUCCGGCCUGUCAAGUCUGUCAAGAUGGCUGCUCCAGUCAAACCACCAGCCACACGACCCAAGCCAACUGUCUUCCCCAAAACAAAUGCCACGAGCCCUGGUGUCAAUUCAUCAGCUUCCCCACAGUCCACUGACAAGUCUUGUACUGUCUGAGGGGUAUAACUUAAUUGUUCUAGACAAGGAGACUGUUAUUAAAAUCUUCCUAUUUAACUAGCUUGGAGACUUCAGUUGAAAAUUAGAUUCUAAGUUGUUCUUACAGGAAUUAGCCUUCCCAUUAUCCAAUCCUUGAGAAUGAAGCCCUUGUUACUUCCUUUCCCUUCCUGGCCCUUCCCUCUGCUCUUUGCUCUCCUCUGUUGUAAUCCAGCCAGCUACAGUACAUACUGUUCUUAGGUUAGCCAGAAACAAGUUUUCCAUGAUCAGGUUGCUAUGAUAUCUGCCAAGGCAAGACAUGGGGACAUGGGCCUAUGUCUCUGCCCCUUCGUACCAUAGAGGAUAUCUUGACCAGAUGGUUGGUCGCAGUCAUCUAGCUUUCAGUGGCAUCUUGUUUUGAGUACUAAUUUGAAAAAUCACAUAUAGCCCAGUUUUCAUUUUCUAUAAAUAUAUAUUUGUGCGCAUGCACGCUCAUGCAUACACAGAGGUUUUUCUGGUCUCUGGUCUUUGUUGUGGCAUUUCACAGAGAAGCCACCAGGAGUCUCUGUUGUCCUCAUAGAAAUUUAGCAGAAUGGGUCAGUCCUGUGAUCUGAUGUGGGGUGGGGAUUGUCUUCUUCCUCUUGCCGUGGGCUGAUCACCGGUUUUCUCAUUUGCUCUGCUCCAUUCUGUAGAAGGACAGCCCAGUCUUAUUAAGGAGCUUUUAAAGGUUUUUCUGAACAUAUAGUCUUUUCUUCAGUUCUUGUCUUUGUCUUUGACACACCAUUUUCCAUUUAAGAUGUCUUCCAAUAUAAGACAGUUUUAUAGCUAGUUCCUUUAGAGUAAAAAGUCUUCAAGUUUUAUUGUGUUUAUGGCAGGUUUGAGAAGGGUAGGAAAUGGGUCCUCUUCCUCCCACCUUUUUUGGCAUUUAAAACUUUUAAAAUUCACUAUCCUAUUAAAGAAAUUUAAGUUGCUCUCUGCUCAUCCACAAAUUGUUCCCAGAUUAAAACUAUUACAAGUUUACCUCUUGGCUUACUUUUUUAUAAGGCUGUCUCUGGAGAUGGACAGGGGCUUGGAAAACCCUCAUUCAAUCUAGAGACCCUGGACUUUGAGAUUGUUUUUUUGUUUGUUUGCUUACCCAAGUAAGGUCAACUAAGAGAACUUUGACCCUCCUACAAAGUCCAAAUUAUUUUUCCAAAACCAGAAUCUUAAAAAAGUAAAGUGAAUGCUUUCUGUGGGACCUGCCUUUGGCUGCUUCUAAUGAGCUACCAUGGAAUGCUCUAGCCAACUUGCAAGCCUGGGGCUCGAACACCCACUCCUCUCCUCAUGUUUCCCCAAGAGCACCAGAGCUUGGAAGUCAUGGUUCAAGCCCAUGUGCUCCAACAGCUCCUUGAAGCUCAGGCUCACUCUUCUCUGGUUUCUGGUUUGAAAGCUCUUCUUUUGUUUAACUUGAUUGUUUUUCUGUAGUUCAAGAGAUGGUAGGUUUCCAUUCAGGUUGGAAAAUCUGAAUGUUCUUAGCUUUGGGCUAGAAGAAAUUCUUUUGGACCAAUAUGUGCAGUUGGUAGUAGGAACUUUAGAAGGCGGUGGAUGUUUCUCUCUGUGUGAAGGAAAUGGGAAGCCUGAAGGAGUCACGAAUGAGAAGAGUAACUUGCACCACCAGGGAGACUAGAGAGGUGAGUGAGUCAGACUGCAAGGGACACCCCUAGGUCCUUGGCCUGCCUGGUUCUCACUGCUCUUUUUAAUGACCUGGGCUUGUACUGCUCCUGAGCCAAGGGGGACUUUCAGACCCAAGGAUCUGUUUCCUUGCUGAAAUGAUCUCCCGCCCUUACAUUCCUCUUGAUCUAAGUGAUAGACGCUUCCAGCCUGCCCUGUAUCCUCUCUCCAGGACACUACUCUCUAAGAAGGUAAAAGUGGAGCUUCUUAAAGGCCAUACUGUGGGUCUCUUCUUUUGUUCUUGCCUUCUCUUUUAGUCCUGUACAUUUUUGUGUUUGUCAUCCCUUUGGUCGAUGUCCAUCUGCUGAUUUGCAUAAUGAACUGGACAGUGUACAAGUGGUUCCCUACUGACCCCAACUCUGGGAGCCUCACUGUCUUCCUUAUCUCUGGUGCUUUUGACGCCUGUGAGAUGGUCCUACUAAAAGGAGUAGGAACCAAUAGGAGGAGAGUCCUCCUCAGCAGAGCUCACUUCAACUGGAAUUGAGGUUGCACACUGUGAUUUUUACACCCAAAAGCCAAAAGGAGCCGGCCACUCAAGGCCUUGGGCGACUAGCCUUCCUCAGAUAGGCUUGCCCGAAACCAGCAUGAUGCUUCCAAGAGCCCUGCUCUGCCCCUCGUGGCAUGGAUCCUUUCCCUGGUAUGGACUCAAUCUUUGGGGAAGAAAAGUGGGGUGGGGCUGCCAGCAUCCCAGUUUGGAAAGUAGAGGAAUUUGCCACCAGCAGCUUAUAAACUGGAAAUGCUGGUCUCUGCCAGCCCCCUCAGGCCACCCUUGUCUGUCCCCAAGGAGAUGAGACAUCCUCCAGUACCAGGAUGAACAGACCACUGGAAGGGCUGGUGUGCAUGGACUUCGGUUCAGAAGAGAACAUAGAUCUUCCAGGGAGCUGCAAUGUGGUGGCGUCUGAUUUGUAUGUCACAUUUGUGUAAAAUGGUCUGUUCUUUAAAAUGGUGUUGAUAACUGGAAUAUUGUAUCUAUGCUUGAAGAUGCUUUGUGUGAACCUAAGACUCACUCAGCCGAUGUUGGAUUGGGGAAAAAUCCAAAGCACAACUUCAGAAUAAAAUACGUUUUUAGGUUC